AAUUGAGAAUUUAAUUCAAUAUUAUCAUUCAACAAAGACAACAAAAAAGUUCCUUAUGUUAGCCAUUUUUACUGGAUUCACAACUACACAACUUGCUUUUAGUGAUUUAUUUUUAUUAUUUUUCGAAACGGCGGCGGCAGCGGCGGCGUUCAAUUGUUUACAUUACAUCUGGUGUUUGAAUUUCUUAAUGUUUACAUAAAUUUAUCAGAAUAUAUAGCAAUAAUAAUAACAACAACACCACCACCACCAUCACCACAUUCUCCUCAUCCUCGACCUCAUCAUUGACAGUGGCGGUAACAGCAGAAACAGAAAGAACAUCAGCAGCAGCAUCAUCAUCAUCUACAGAAGAGCGGAAUAUGGAUCAUUCAUAGUGCGCUCAAAUCUUAGGCACACAAUUCAAGAAAAAGCAACAACAGCGAAAAUAUUUUGAAUAUCAGCGAUUCAGUUAUAUUAUUGGUUUAACAAAUGGCCAGCAUUAAUGGACGACCGGCCCAAUAUGGGGUAUCACUUCGGCAAUUGCGCGAACUCAUGGAGAAUCGUGGCCGUGAGGGUGCUGCCAAAGUCGAAGAAAUGGGUGGUGUGAUGGAGUUGUGUAAAAAACUAUACACCUCGCCCAAUGAUGGUUUGAAUGCAUCGAAAACUGAUAUUGAACAUCGGCGUGAAACAUUUGGUUCGAAUAUUAUACCGCCAAAGCCGCCGAAAUCAUUUUUCCGAUUAAUGUGGGAGGCAAUGCAGGAUGUGACAUUGAUUAUCUUAGAAGUGGCUGCCAUUGUAUCACUGGCAUUGUCAUUCUAUGCACCAGAAGAGGAGAAUGCACCCGUCUUGGAAGAGGAAGAAAGUCACCAUGGUUGGAUUGAGGGUUUAGCCAUUUUGAUUUCUGUUGCUGUUGUCGUCAUUGUCACCGCCUUUAAUGAUUUCUCCAAAGAACGUCAAUUCCGUGGCCUGCAAAAUCGCAUUGAGGGCGAACACAAAUUUGCGGUUAUACGCAAAGGUGAAGUUUGUCAAAUUUCAGUUGGUGAUUUGGUUGUGGGUGAUAUUGCCCAGAUUAAAUACGGUGAUCUGCUGCCAGCCGAUGGUAUUAUCAUUCAAAGUAAUGAUUUGAAGAUUGAUGAAUCCUCGUUGACUGGUGAAUCGGAUCAUGUUAAGAAAGGUGUGGAUUCCGAUCCCAUGGUCUUGUCGGGAACUCAUGUCAUGGAAGGUAGUGCUAAAAUUGUCAUUACUGCUGUUGGUGUCAAUUCGCAGGCUGGUAUUAUUUUUACCCUUUUGGGUGCCACCGAUGAUGAACACGAUACGGAAAAGAAGAAAGCCAAGAAAGAAAAUGGACACAAGAACGGCAUCAAAUCCGAAGGCAAUCAUGUACAAAGUCCCCCGGCCAAAUCUUCCGGCGAUGGUGAUAAAAAGGAAAAAUCUGUAUUGCAAGCAAAACUUACCAAAUUGGCCAUACAAAUUGGUUAUUUCGGUUCAACAGCUGCUGCCAUUACUGUUAUUAUUCUGAUCAUACAAUUCUGUGUUAAGACCUUUGUCGUCGAAGAGAAACCCUGGAAGAAUACCUAUGCCAAUAAUUUCGUUAAUCAUUUGAUUAUUGGUGUGACCGUAUUGGUUGUGGCUGUGCCUGAGGGUCUGCCAUUGGCCGUCACCCUGUCGUUGGCCUAUUCGGUUAAGAAAAUGAUGAAAGAUAAUAACCUGGUACGUCACUUGGAUGCUUGCGAGACCAUGGGUAAUGCCACCGCCAUUUGUUCCGACAAGACUGGUACCUUAACCACCAACCGCAUGACUGUGGUUCAAUCGUAUAUCUGCGAGAAGUUAUGCAAAAUUUUGCCCAAAUACAAUGACCUGCCCAAACAUGUGGCCGACUUGGUUACCCAGGGCAUUUCGGUCAACUCUGCCUAUACCUCGAAUAUUUUGCCUGCUCCCAAACCCGAAGACUUGCCCACCCAGGUUGGCAACAAGACUGAAUGUGCCCUCUUGGGUUUUGUUCAAAACUUAGGAGUUAGCUAUCAAAAGAUUCGCGAUGAGAUUACCGAAGAUAAAUUCACUCGUGUCUACACCUUUAAUUCGGUGCGCAAGAGCAUGGGUACUGUAAUUCCUCGGCCCAAUGGUGGUUAUCGUCUGUUCAGCAAGGGUGCCUCCGAAAUUAUGCUGAAGAAAUGUGCCUAUAUCUAUGGCAACAAUGGCGUUUUGGAAGAAUUCACCAGCGAAAUGCAGGAACGAAUGAUCCGUGAAAUCAUUGAACCCAUGGCCUGUGAUGGUCUACGUACCAUCUGUGUGGCCUAUCGUGAUUUUGUCCAGGGCCCGGCCGCUGUGAACGAAGUUGCCAUUGAUGGUGAACCCAACUGGGAUGAUGAGGAAAAUAUCAUGUCCAACCUGACAUGCUUGUGUAUUGUGGGCAUUGAAGAUCCUGUCCGCCCCGAGGUGCCCGAUGCCAUACGCAAGUGUCAACGUGCCGGUAUUACGGUACGCAUGGUUACUGGCGAUAACAUCAAUACGGCUCGUUCCAUUGCCACCAAGUGUGGUAUCUUGAAACCGGGUGAUGAUUUCUUGAUUUUGGAGGGCAAGGAAUUCAACAAGCGUAUUCGUGACAGCAAUGGCAAUGUACAACAACAUUUGGUCGAUCAAGUUUGGCCCAAAUUGCGAGUUUUGGCACGUUCCUCACCCACGGACAAAUAUAUUUUGGUUAAAGGUAUUAUUGACAGUACGGUUAGUGAGAAUCGUGAGGUUGUUGCUGUGACAGGUGAUGGCACCAACGAUGGUCCCGCUCUCAAAAAGGCUGAUGUUGGUUUUGCCAUGGGUAUUGCCGGUACUGAUGUUGCCAAGGAGGCUUCCGAUAUUAUCCUAACCGAUGACAACUUCAGCAGUAUUGUAAAGGCUGUUAUGUGGGGUCGUAAUGUUUACGAUUCCAUUGCGAAAUUCUUGCAAUUCCAAUUGACUGUAAAUGUGGUGGCUGUUAUUGUGGCAUUCGUCGGAGCCUGUGCUGUGCAAGAUUCUCCUUUGAAGGCUGUACAAAUGUUGUGGGUCAACUUGAUUAUGGACACCUUGGCCUCAUUGGCUUUGGCCACAGAAUUGCCAACACCCGAUCUAUUGUUGCGUAAACCCUAUGGACGUACAAAGCCCUUGAUUUCGGCCACCAUGUUAAAGAACAUUGUUGGCCAAUCGAUUUAUAUGUUGGCGGUCACCUUUGGCUUGUUGUUCUAUGGCGCCAAAUGGCUGGAUAUUGAAUCGGGCCAAGAUCAACCCUUGGGUUCCGGUCCCACUCAACAUUUCACCAUUAUCUUCAAUGCCUUUGUCAUGAUGACUUUGUUCAAUGAAAUCAAUGCCCGUAAAAUCCAUGGUCAGCGUAAUGUCUUUGCCGGUCUCUUUACCAAUCCCAUUUUCUACACAAUUUGGAUCUUCACUUUCGUUUCCCAGAUUGUCAUCAUUCAAUACGGCUCCUUGGCCUUCUCCACAAAAGCUCUUUCGUUGGAACAAUGGAUGUGGUGCGUUGCCUUUGGCAUGGGCACAUUACUGUGGGGACAAAUUGUCAGCACUUUUCCACCAAAGAAAUAAACAUAAGUCACAAAGUUGUUGUUUUCCUCCGCCUUAAUGUGUCGCCCUCUCUAAGAGAGCGACACACAAAAAAAAAACAAAAUGUUCAUAAACAAAUUCUUAGCACAUAACUAAACAGUAUUUAUUAAUAAUUUAAAGAAUCUAGCGAAUGUUUUAGAAAGAAAAUGAAAAUGAGAAUCAUCCCGUCAUCGCAAUCAUUUAAUGCAAAUAAAGUGAAAUUCAUUUUAUAUUUAUUAAAU